AUGGACGACAUUGACUGGGCGUGGCCCUUCUGGAAGUUCGGCAUGAAGAAGGACGACCUCUAUACGACACUCCACGACCGCUAUAACACCUUUACCUCCACUAUUCAAGACCCCGAAGCCUUUCACCACGACGUCUUCGAGAUCUCGCACGAUGCCGACACUGCUGAGCAGUUUCACGGGCUCCUGGCGGCCCGCCGGCAGCAGCGCCUCCGUGAGCUCAACGAGUCUCUGGAGGCGCUCGCCGUCGAGAUCAUCGCCAACCCGAAGCUGAUCGGCACCGAGCAGUGGCAGCACGCCCUGCAGCUCUUCCGCACCCGCUCCUACGACUCUAUUGUCAGGUACUUUGCCAGCUACCUGCCCGAAGACCACCUCGACCAUCUGUCGACGUCGUCCUACUCUUCCUUCUCCGAGGCCGACAGCGUGCACACUGUCAGCACCAAGGCGAGCAGUACCGAGGAUGCUCCUUGUUCCCCGUUCGCCCACGGCGAGUUCUUCCCAGACGGUCCCGUCAUGACCGUCGAGCCGUGUAUUAUCGACCAUGAUGCCUGCCCGGCAGGUCCGCUGUCACCUCCGGAGUCGGAGGCCAUGCACUCCGAGGCGAUUUCGUCGCCCCCUGAUUCCAUCACCUACUCCACGAACCCUCCAUCCCGCUCCAUGUCGUUUUCAGGCUCGGAGUCGGGGCUCUGCCCUGAACUCCUUCGACGCCGAUUCGAGCACCGCGGUGAUGACGAGACGUCCCAAUCCGAUAGCUGCGACACGACUGUCACGUCGGUCUGCGACUCCGCCGAGACCCGGUCUUCGUGCGAUUGCGCCGACGAUGCAUGCGAGGACGAGGACGAGUUCCCUACUGCUCAGUUUCCCGACGACCACUUUGACUGCCUCGACACCCCAACCCUGAAUGCCGCCAAUGAUACCCUAGAAUCCGAUACCCCGACGCCAAGGCAGGAAUGUGUUGCAUCCUCAUACUUGGAGUACAAGUCUGUGGCCGCCAGACGAUUACCCUCACCACAUCGACGGUCGCCAUCACCGAAAUCGCACCUGACACACCGAGACGCCGGGAAACUGGCGCGGGAGGUACGACGAAGUCCGGAGGAGGCGUUGAGCAAGAUACAGAAGCCUUUGCAAGAAGCACUGCGGAAGAGACCCAAGGGCAGGAGACGGGUUGACUAG